AUGGCGGACAACGACAGAAGGGAUCACCGCGGUGGCGGCGGCGGCGGGUAUCGCAAGCGUCGGUACAGAGAUGACGACGAUCAAUAUGACCGUCGCAACCAGCGUCGCCGAUACGAUCCGCCUCCUCCAGCGCGCAUGCGUCGCCAGCUCCUCAGUCUUGCCGACUCGCCUCUCCGACGUUGGGCAGAGGAGGUGCAGAACCUCGCUGAUCUGGUCGCCGAAUACUACGACGACGAGGACAUGCGCAGGUCUUUCAUUGACUUGUCUAUGCAAUUGCAUGUCGAGCAGCCUCUCAAGACGCCCUUCUUGGCGGCCGUCAUACUGGUCGCCAACGUGAAAAAGCAGGAACUUGCUGGAGAGGUGUUGGCGCGCCUGGCAACAGACGCCGAGGGCGCGAUCAAGAAGGGCGAGUGGAGAACCGUGAAGCUGCAUCUGAAGCUCUUGGCUUGCUUGCAGAGUCUCUUGGAAGAUGAAGGCAUCUUCCCUCUGCUCGAUGAGCUGUUUAGUCGAGCGGCUGAUCUGCAAACUGCCAGCUCUGAAGAUACCAUUGGCACUGAAAUUGUCAAGAUCAUUUUGCUGACGAUCCCCUACAUCUUGGUCGCCUCGCCUGGCCAGCUUUCUCAGCAGAAGGCCGCCGAGCUCAUGGAGAAGACCGAUAUCAUCGCUUCCGAGCCACACGCCCUACAGGCCAUUGUCGACCCUUUCCAUCCUGAGUCGCAGGAACAAAACCCUGGCAAGUCGCAGAGUCUGUGCAUGCUUCUCCAGAACCAGCUGCAGGCUGAGGCGGCGAAGGACUGGGAGCUCAAGUGCCUGCCACGCCCAUGGCAAAUGCCUCUGGAGGACAUUGAGUUGCAGGAGAAAUUGUCAAACCCACCAAAGCAUGCGCUGCCAACAGUCAACAUCCCUACGGCUGUCAUCGCCGGGCCACGCGCGCUGUUUCCCGAGAUGUACCUGUCUGUGUAUGCGGACCAAGACGCCGAGUCGGUGCCGCCGUUGACGAGCAUCAGUUCCUCCUUGAUUCGCGAUGGACUGGUUGAUACCAUCAACAUUCUCAACUUCAACAGAAAUGUUGUUGCGCGAUACCUGCUGGACAUUGACAGCUACUUUGCCGAAGGCACGUUUGUGAAGCGCGCGACUGCCUUUGACGAUCUUCGCAACUUUCCAGCUGAUCGCUCUACGUGGAAACCCGAGGACGUCGCGGUUGACACCGUCUUCUCGCAGCUCUUUGCGUUGCCGCACCCCGAGUGCAAGUUGGUGUACUACCACUCUAUCCUCACCGAAGCUUGCAAGCUGGCGCCUGCGGCCAUUGCGCCUAGCCUGGGCAGAGCGAUCCGCUACCUGUACCGUAACAACCCGCGCAUGGAUCUGGAGCUGAGCUACCGGUUCGUGGACUGGUUCUCCCACCACUUGAGCAACUUUGGGUUCACCUGGAAGUGGGCAGAGUGGGCGGAUGAUACCUCCUUGCCUGCCAUGCACCCCUCUAUCUGGUUUCUGGAGGGAGCUCUCGAUAAGGAGAUUCGUCUCAGUUUCGCUCAGCGCAUCCAAAAGACCGUGCCGGAUCCUUACCAGGCCCUGAUUGGCCCUGAGAAGGAGCAGGAUGUGCCUCCUUUCAAAUUUGCAAGCCCAGAUGUCCCAUUCUCAAAGGAGGGCCAGGAGAUCGGUCAGCUCCUCCGCCGGAAAGCCGCUGACGAGGAGAUCGCUCCCAUCAUCCUGAGUAUCCAGGCUCAGGCUAACAGCCAAAACCUCGACCCCUACGUGACAUGCACCGAUGUCUUCAUGACGGCUGUCUGCUGGGUGGGCUCCAAGUCCCUCAGCCACGUUCUCGCCUGCAUCGAUCGUACCAAGUCUAGGCUUCUUGAGCUUUCCAACGCAAGCGAGGCGUCGCGCAUGCAGGUCGUCACGGCCGUGAUGAGCUACUGGCACGCCCAUCCCGGCGUCGCCAUCUCCAUCAUCGAGAAGCUGCUCAAUUAUUCCGUCAUCACCCCCAUCGCGGUCAUUAAUUGGGCUCUGCAGGGCAAUGGAUCGACGAGUGGCGCCAGCGGCGGCGAGGCGUUGGCCAAGGCGCACGUGUUUGAGAUAGUAUCGAACACGGUCGCCAAGGUCACCAACCGUGUGCGCCAGCUGUAUGCGUCGGACGAAGCGGACGACGAGGUGAGGGCAAAGGAAGCCCAAGCCAUGAAGGACAUGUUCCGCACCAUGAACGACGCGCUCACGAGCUGGGCGAACGGCAACAAGGACCAGAUGAUUGAGACGGGCGACGGGUCCAGUGACCGCGAAGCCAUGAUCCAGCGCUGGGGACAGCGCUGGCUUAGGGUGUUUCAGCGCAAGGCCGCCCUGGAGGAGGCUUUCCUGCUCGAGGCGGCCAAGGGCAAGGACAGCAUGGUCGUGGAGAACGGGGCGGGCGGUCAAUAG